AUGUUUAUCAAAUAGCAUUAAUAACAAUUACAAGCAAGAUCAAUAUCAAAUAUAUCAGUACAUUUAAAUGGGAGAAUGCCAGACAUAUAUUGUAUGUAAAAUAAUAUAAUUAAUGCAAUAUGGGAUAUCAAUUAAAUAGGAUAAGAAUUAAAUUGUCAUGAUCAUCCAAUAUUUAAUGAAGCUUUAGAUUUGAUUGCUAAUAGUCAAGUAAAUUAAGCAAUAUACCUUUUAAAUUAAAGUAUAUUUACAAUACUAUAUUAUAUUUUAGUGAUAGCAGAUGGAAAGAAAUAUCUAGGAUAGCAAUCAUAGGUUUAAGUAAUUACAAAAGUGACUUUACUAAUAGUUUCUAGUGCUAUCUCUACUCUUGAAAAUGAUCCUGCAUCUGCCUUAUUGUUACUCUUGGGAUGUGAUUAAAUGUUUAAAGGGUUAACCCCAAAACAAUAAGGGUAUUUGAGAGUUCAGAUUCUCAAUGGAUUAGGGUGCUAUUAUAGAAGAAUUGGUUAAAUGGAAAAAGCAUUAAAGGAAUUGGAAUGUUCUUUAGCAGUUAUUCGAAAAUAUAACUUAAAAGAGGUUGCAGUUACUCAUUUAAAUUUAUGUGUAGUAUUGUCCUUAGUCGAGGAGUACAUAUAUUUUUAUAUUAUCAAAUAGACAUGAAGGAGCUUUAGAGAAUGCUAAGAAAGCUGUUACUGAAAGUCAUAAAGAAUAUUAAUAUUAUAUAAAGAAUCACAUUUCAAUGUAGAACUUUAAAUUUUAACGUUGUGUGAGUGCAUUGGCAAUAUCAUUUUAUAAUGUAGGAGUUCAAGAGUAAUAUUUUUAAAAAUAUUAAUUUGCACUGUAAGCAUAUGCAUCAGCUUUUAAAGUAGCUGAAGAUAAUCUUGGUAUUCAUCAUUAUUUGACAAUCUAAUUGAAAGCUAUCUACGAAGAAUUUGCUCGAUAAUUGGCUAUUGCUGAAGCAUAAAAGAUUGCCAUUACAUCAUUAAAUCAUAAAUUUUAAAUAAGACCCAAUAUCACUAGUCAAUAUGGAUAGAGAGCCUUAAGAAAUCCAUAUACAGACAAUACAAAAAAAGUAACUGAUAGGUUAUUUUUAUCAGAAACGAGAAGAUUGGGACAUCCAUUAAGACCAUAAUCAGCUAUUAUGACCCAAACAUAAGCACCAAAAUAAAAAGCAUUAGAAAUUACCAAAAAGGAAACAUUUACUAUAAAAAAUAAGAUUUCAGUUACAACUAGAAAUAUAUAUGAAAUGAAUUAAGAGAAUUUAAAGAUUGAUACUGAAAUUGCUGAAAAGGCUAAUACUUUAUAAUAAGACAUUGAAAAUCUCAAAAUAGUAAAUUUAAUAUAAAUAUAUUUAGUUAGCAUAAAAAGAAUAGGAAGAAUUAAAAUUAAUUUAAGAUUAGAAGUAAAGGGAACUUCAAAAAUUAGAAGCUUUUCGUUAUAUGAAUUAAUAAAUUUAAUAAAAUAAAUUAUAGAAGAAUACUCCUCAAACAUCAAGAGAUAUCAAAAGAUCAUCGGAAUAAUAUAAUUAGAUUUUUAACACUGAUCCUUUUAUUUAAGAAUAAUUAGAUGAUAGUGAACUUUAACCAUUGGUAGUUGUACAAAUAGUAAAUAAUAGAGAAUACAAAAUAGAUGAAGAGGAUGAUCAUAUCAUGAUGAAUGAUAAUUAAAAUAUAAAAAAUGAAAUCAAUUAAGAUUAUGAAAAGAAAAGAUCAUCUAUAACUCAAGAUGAUACAAUAUAAAGUUUUACAAAAAAAAUAGAUUAUGAUUAAGAAACUCCAAACAAGAAUAAUUUUGGUUAAUAAAAUAUAUCUUGUAAACAUAUUGAUGAUCUUGAAGAAAUAGUUGAAGAUAUUAAUGAAAUCAAUUAAUAAUACAAUUAAAAAAUUGUUGAAAAUAAAGUUGAUGAAAUCAUUAAAUAAACAGCACAAAAACUUAAUGAGGAAUAAAAACUUGAAUAUAUUAUAUUGAUAUAAAAAUAAUGGAAAUCUAGUAAUGUUAAAUUAAAAUCAAGAAUUUAAAAUAUAAGAUCACAAUAUUAAGAAUCAAUAGAUUAUCAUUAUAUUAAAAUAAAAGAUUAAAAUGAUCAAAUACAUAAUGGAUAUUUCUUUAUUGUUUGGAAUUUAAAUGAUAUAUCAUAAAUUGAUUUGAUAUUUUAUGAUUUAUUUAUUCUAAGGAAAUCAUUUAAAAAAUGUAAUGAUAUAUCACUAAAAUUAAAUCAUAUUUUCACUCUAAAAUUAUACUCUACUUUUUUAGUUAAUAAAGAAUAAAUCAUUUAAUUAGAAGAUGAAUUGCUACCAUUACUUUUAUUAAAUACUUCUCAAUUAAUUCUAUUAUCAAUUGAUCCUUACAUUCAAUUUAAAUUAAAAAAUAGUGAUAAUUAAAUUAGAUAUGAUUUUAAUCUAUAAAAAUUAGAAUAUAUAUAAACUAAGUUUGAAGAUAAAUAAUAAAGUUAUGGUACUCCAAUUACACUUGCAGAUAUACAAUAAUUUAAUUCAGAUUCAAUAGUUAUUCAUAAGGCUGCACACACUACUCCAGAUUAAAUCUUUUCUUCAGUUGAACCUUUUCAAGAUGUUCCAUUAGUAUAAGAAUAGAGUGAUGAAGAAGAAUAUAUUUCAAUGAAUAAGUAAAGUCAUUCUGGAUGUGAAGAAUAAAAUUAAAAUAUUGAUGAAAAUUAUGAAAAAGAGAACUCUAAUGAUGAAAGAAUAAAUUAAACUGGUCAAUUCAAUAAUAAUUUAUUUUCAUCCUAAAAGAUUUUAUUUGAAUAAGAAUUUGAUAAAAAUGAAGAUGAUUAUUAAAAAUAAAAAUAAAAUUCAUAGACUGAAAUAGAUUUUACUCUUUAAUUAAAUUAGUUUAGUUCAAAUAAUUCAAUGCUAGGCUCUGUAAAUACUGCUGAAACAGAAAUAUAUCAUCAUUCAUAAUAAAUAAUCUAACAAACAAAUGCAACAAAAGAAAAAUUAUUAGCAAUUAACACAAUUAUUGAAGAAGAUGAGGAAGAGAAAAAGGAACACGAAGAAAAUGUAAUUAAAGAAGAAAGGGAAAAUUUUAAAAAAUAACUAUUUAUUAGUACUAAUAACCUUACAUCCAAAAAUGAAAUUUCUUAGAAUAAUAUUUAAGUUAGUUAGAAAUCAUAUUAAUAAAGUUAAUCAUCUAAAUCUUAAGUUGAUAGUUAAAUAUCUAUUGAAUAAAAAUAUUAAAAUUAAAUUCUAGUACUAUCAAAUGAUGAAAAAUAAAUAUAUACAAAAUAAGUAAGUUUGUAAUUACCAGAUUUAAUGAAAGAUGAUAUUAGUUAACAUUCAAAUGAAGAAAGUAUGAUGUUUUUAAAUAUUUUAAUUAGUAUCUUUAUUAACAAAUAAUUCUACUUUUGAAAAAGUUGGAAUGAUUACAGGUCUUAAUAAAAACGAUGGAUCACUAUUUUAGAUCGUUAUCUUCUUUGAUAAAGAAUAACAACUAUUUUAAGCUAAAACAGAAGAUUUUUAAAUUAAAUCUACUUAUUUUAAAGUAGAACAUGUCAAGAAAACUUUAAAAAAACCAUAAAAAUAUUUAAAGGGAUAUAUAGUAAAUUGGCAUAAUUAAAAUUUUUUAAAGGUUUAUACUAAAGCUCAUGAGUAGGCAGUAAUCAAACUUCAAAAGAAAUAUAAAUUUGAUCAUUAUAGAAGACAUAUAACAUUUAAACUGGCUAAAUCUAAUAUAGAGGGAAGUUUGUGUGUAGGAUCAAGAAAAUCAGUUAUAUUUUUAGUUAUUGAAACAAAAAGUACAUAAUAAAGAAAUUCUUAUAAAUUUAGAAAUGAAAUCUAUAAUUAAUUUGUUAAUAGAAUUUCAUUUAGGGUUCUUAACAAUUUAAAAUAUUCAGAAGAAAAAGGAAUAUAUUUACUCUAAGAACCACAACACAGAAUAUUGGCAUAAAAUUUAUAAUGUAAAUAUUGAUUUUAAAAUAUAGCAAAAAUAUUUAAGUUGUUAAAAUCAGAAAAUGCAUUUGAAUUUAUAGGAUUUGGUUUGCUAAAUGGUAUUUAUGAUUCAGUGAAUAAAAAAAUCAUAAUUGCUAGCGACAAUCGUAAAACAUAGCCAUCAUAAGUAGACAUUCCAAAAUCUAUCUAAAUUGAUUAAUUAAUUUAGUUUGCCUAAAAUCUAUUAAAUAGAGUAAAACAAAUUAUAAAUAUUAGUCUUUUUUAAUUUAAUCAAAUAAUGAAACUUGCGUUGUUUAUUAUGAGGAAAAGGAUGAAAAUUAAGUUAAGUUUAUUUAAAAUAAACUAUUUUAAUAUUAAACAAUAAGAAAAAUAUUUAUUAACUAUAAUAGAAUAUAUAAUCGAUAAAUAUAAUAAGAAGAAAUAACUAUUGAAUUACAAAGAAGAUUGAAAAAAUAUUUUGGAAUAUUAUUUUAGAAAAGAUUUUAUUUGAUUGGAAAAUUGUAAGAGUAAUCAAUUAAAAAUCUCAUAACAAAUUUUAGCAGAAUUAUAAGCACAUUUAUUCUAUAUUAAAAUGAUUAAGUUGAAUUAGAUAUAGUAUCUAUUUAAUAAUUUUUAAAUGAAGGUCAAUUUAGUUAAUUGUUGAAGAUGGAUCUUAAAAGUGUGAUUCAAUAAAUCUGA